AUGUCGACGGCAGAAGGAGCCGGCCAGCGCGAGGAAGGGGAGUACGGAAGGGCGGCAAAGCGGCUAAAAACGGAGGAGAGGGAGAGGGAGACGGAGGCGGAGGAGAGAGAGGAGGGGGAAGAGGAAUUGGAGGAGGGGGAGGAUUCGGACUCCGGCUCGCUGCCCGGUAACGUAGAGUCAGCGGUGGACAACCGGGCCAGGUGGAGCGCCAGCCAAUACGGAGCAGCACGGAAGGAUAAUGGCGAGGACUCCCAUCGUAUCUCUCCCAGCCCUGUGGUCCAUGUCAGGGGUCUGUGUGAGGCCGUGGUGGAAGCAGAUCUGAUAGAUGCCUUGGAGAAGUUUGGAGCCAUAUGUUAUGUGAUGAUGAUGCCAUUCAAGCGUCAGGCCCUGGUGGAGUUCUCUGCAGUGGAGAGCGCCGACCGCUGUGUGUCCUGCGGAGCCAAGGAGCCGGUUUACAUCGCAGGCCAACAGGCAUACUUUAAUUACUCGACAUCCAAGCGAAUCACCAGGCCGACCAACGCUGACAACCCCAACAGUGGCAACAAGGUCCUGCUGCUGUCCAUACAGAACCCCCUCUACCCUAUAACCACGGAUGUUCUGUACACAGUAUGUAACCCCAUCGGCAGUGUGCUGAGGAUCGUCAUAUUUAAACGAAAUGGAAUCCAGGCCAUGGUGGAGUUUGAGUCAGUUCAGUGUGCUCAGAAGGCCAAAGCUGCUCUCAACGGAGCUGACAUCUAUGCUGGUUGCUGUACACUCAAGAUUGAAUAUGCAAGGCCUACACGCCUGAACGUGAUUAAAAAUGACAACGAGAGCUGGGACUACACCAAACCGUACCUGGUCAGACGAGACCGUGGCAAGGGAAGGCAGAGACAGGCCAUUUUAGGAGAACACCCAUCGUCCUACAGCAGCGAUAACGGCUAUGGUCAACCCUGCCCCCUGCUGCCUCUGCCUGGCAACAGCAGGUACAAGCUCAGCUCAGUGGAUGUUCCAGACAUGGUGUCCUACCCUGCGCCCCAAUCAUCCUCCUCAUAUUCUAGCCAUGCCCCCAGCUCUGUUGCCAUGGUGAGCGGCCUCCAUUCGUCCAAGAUGAACUGCACCCGCAUCUUCAACCUCUUCUGCCUCUAUGGCAACAUUGAGAAGGUAAAGUUUAUGAAGAGUGUUCCUGGCACAGCGCUGGUUGAGAUGGGAGAUGAGUAUGCUGUGGACAGAGCCAUCACACACCUGAACAGCAUCAAGGUGUUUGGCAAGAGACUCAAUGUCUGUGUUUCCAAGCAGCAUGCAGUGAUCCCCAGUCAGGUGUUUGAGUUAGAGGACGGCAGCAGCAGCUAUAAGGACUUUGCCAUGACCAGGAACAACCGCUUCAGCAGCGCCGGACAGGCUUCCAAAAACAUCAUCCAGCCUCCAUCGGCAGUGCUACACUACUACAACGUUCCUCCGUGCAUAUCACAGGACCAAUUAUUGAGGCUGUGUACGGAGCAUGACGUGCCCGGCUUCGUCAAAUUCAAGAUGUUUGAUGCCAAACCCUCCUCUAAGACCAUCUCUGGCUUGUUGGAGUUUGACAGUAAAACGGACGCUGUGGAGGUUCUUACUGUUCUCAACCAUUACCAGAUCAGGAUACCCAAUGGGUCCAACCCAUACACCCUGAAACUGUGUUUCUCCACCUCGUCUCAUCUAUAAAAAGCUUCAGAGCACAAGAAGAGGCUGCUGAGGCAGAUGAUGGCUGACCUCUGACCUGAGAGAGGGACCAUGAGAGACAGACACGCAGACAAAUGGACGAGAGCUAUAUGAAAAAUGAAGAGAACGAGAGAGAGAUGUGGCCUUCAAAGGAGAGAGAUGGAAAGAAAAGUGUAGACACUGUCACUGUCUCCAAACGCACACCAUCAUCUUUCCAUCCAAUCACAACUCAACAAGCUGACAGACUAGUGACUCGAAUAAGGUUUUCCUAUUGUCGUGUGGGCCGACUGGAGGACACUGCUCAUGUGUUUGUCCCAGAAGUCUUCACUGCAUGGUGUACUUGUCUUUGAGUGUAGACCUAGACUUACAGACAGACAGACAGACAGACCGACACACAGACACACAGACACAGGACAAGGAUCUACUCUGUGGAAUCUACUGUAUAUCACUUCAGUGGCAGUGAAACAUCUCUUAAUCUGUGCACAUGGUGACUGAAAUAUUUUAACGUUUACACAAUGGUGGAAUACAGUGUGUUGUUUUGAAUUGUCAUUGAACAUAUACAGUAAAUGUGGCUAAGAUUUUAACAAAAG